UCUCUGUUGAAAACACUGUGGGUUUGGCUUCCAUCCAUCCACACUGUGAAUGAGUGUAAUUCCAUCGUGCGCGUCAGAGGCGCUUGAGCUGCCCACCUCACCUGAACCUCGCAAUUUCCUCCAGGGCAAAAACAACUUAUAGCGUAAUUUAAAACGUGUUGUUAUUUUUUAAUUCAGCAUAUAUGUUUUUGUAUUUAUCUAUUUUAUAACCCUGCUCGUUAUGCAUCCUGAGGUGAGGAGCGGAUCGUUGGACACUGGCAAGACAUUGGUGAGUCAUUUCACUAUACGCUAUUGUGUCCCAAACACGCAUUUUAUUUUCAGCCAUACAACGGGAAUAUUUAACAAAGAAUAAGAUGGUUUGUAAACAUCGCUGUGUCCUCUUUUACUUUGCGCUCGGUCACGGAUCAUUGGAAACGCGCGUAUCCGCGCACAAGGAAGUGUGCCGUGAAGUUUCUAUGGACUAUAAUGUGCGCGCGUCUCUGGUGAUAUUGAUGUACAGUGUACCUGUUCAUCUCAGGCUGAGCUCUUGAAUAAAGCCUCGAGCUCUCAACGAGCCAAAUAUAUUGGCUUAACGAAAGAACCUGACAAGUUUUUUUGUCGUCGAGAAUGCGCAGGAAUAGAGAAGACGGAAAGUAACAAUGUGAGAUUAUACUAGAUGUUUUAUUUCUGGCGUGCGCUCUCUGCAAGGCUAUAUGAAAAAUUCAUACUCCUGGGUGGAGAUCUAAUGGUCACUGCGUAACAUGGCAAUAUGACAAAUGGAUUCCCUCAAUUUAAUCAAUGGCUCCGUUGGGAGCAAAGACCUGGCCAUUGGUGAGGAUUCAUCUGACGUGACCCUGAACCAUGCCCUGCUAGAGCUGGGGGACAGCACCAAGCUUCUCGGUGUCCAGGUUGUCCUGAUCCUGGCGUACUGUACCAUCAUUCUUUUGGGCGUGGUGGGGAACUCCCUGGUGAUUUACGUUGUCUUCAAAUUCAAGACGCUUCGCACCGUCACCAACUUCUUCAUCGCAAACCUCGCCGUGGCUGAUCUGCUCGUCAACACCUUGUGUCUCCCAUUUACUCUGGCUUACACUCUACUGGGAGAAUGGAAGUUCGGACAAGUUCUUUGUUUCACUCUUCCGUACGCUCAGGGUCUGGCCGUCCACGUUUCUACGGUUACUUUAAAUGUAAUUGCUCUGGAUCGACACAGAUGCAUCAUUUACCAUCUAGAUACCCGCAUGUCGAAGGACACCUGCUUUCUGGUCAUUGCUGUCACCUGGGUGAUAAGCGCCGUUCUGGCAAGCCCGCUGGCCAUCUUUAGGGAGUAUGGGGUUGUGGAGCUGUCUCCAGAUGAGUCCAUUGAAGUUUGCACGGAGAAGUGGCCCGGGAGUAGCACAGAUGGCACGAUAUACUCAAUCUCUAUGCUGUUGCUGCAGUAUGUGCUGCCUCUAGCAGUCAUCUGUUUCGCAUACAUCCGUAUCUGGAGUAAACUCCGCAACCACGUCGGUCCAGCUGGCCGCAACGACAGGCACCAGCACCGACGCAAGACCACCAAGAUGCUGGUGAUGAUGGUUGUGGUUUUUGCGUUUAGCUGGCUGCCUUUCCACGCCUUCCAGCUCGCCACUGACAUCGACAUCAACGUGCUGGUCAUGAAGGACUUCCGUCUACUUUACACCAUAUUCCACAUCGUAGCGAUGUGCUCGACGUUCGCCAAUCCGCUUCUAUACGGCUGGAUGAACCGGAACUACCGCUCUGCCUUCGUCGCCGUCUUCCGCUGCCAGGAACGCCUGAAUUCUCUCCACGCCGAAGCCCAGGGCACGACGGUCCGCAAAAAAAGCAAAAAGGCUUUGGAAGCCCAAGAUAUGGUGACGCCGCAUCUCAAUGCGACAGACGUCUGAGGUCAUUUCACAAGUGCGGUGGGCCAACGAAUUCCAUCUUCUCAUCAUUUCCACCAGUGCGUGAGCAAGAUCCACACUGUGACUGAUGGAUAUGUUUAUAAAUUAUAUAUAUAUAUAUAUGUCUUCACCUUACAAAGACUUUUGAAUCUGUAAAGAAUAUGAAAGCAUUAGCUUGUUUGGACUUAAGGGUGCACUCGAAGAGCUCUGAUAAAGUGUUAACAGCAAAUUGCGUCUCCUUUCAUGUGAAAGUAAUUUGCUCAGAGGAAUACCGAGGCUUACCUUUAGACUCCCAACGGCAGAAGAGAGAUGUUUUUACCCCUGCAGUAUGAAUGUUUCAACACGAAGAUCUGCGAUGCACGCUCUGUUGAACCGCGAGGGACUGCCUGCCGGUUCAGUACUUCUCAUACACAAACAAUGAAUGUAUUUCUUGGUUAAUCUAAAAUACAGCACAAGAGUCAUCUUUGACUUGCACUUGACGGAUGAUGGAGAAAAGGACAAGGCCGGAUCACCUUUUUUAUAACAUAACCCUAUAUAAACAGAUGUGCAUGAGCAAAAACAACUAUAGAUGUAAAAUGACAGCAACAUUGUACUGUGAUGGAAAAUGUGACUUCUGUAUAAUGUCUGUUUUGUAUCACCUUUGCAACCACUUUGCCACUUGAAUGUACUGUAAUAUGUGAUAACUCAAUAAUAUGUAAAAAAAAAAAAACAUAGGCUAUAAAUAUUACAUAAAGCUUACAUAGUCUGCCUUACAGUGUACAAAGAUGUGUUGAAUGAUGUUAUAUCAACAUGAAGGUAAAUCAAAAUGAAAAACGUCUUAUUUUCUUAUAUGCCGUGAUGUCCCGAAAGAAAAUAAUUCAAAGCUGCUUUAAGCAAAAAGAGAUGACUCAUUCAAGUUAUGAGAUUUCUGACAUAUUUCUGUACGCUUCAGCACAUGAUGACAUUCUUAAACCUGCUAAAUGCAGGAAAUGAGAAUGCCAGCUUCAAUUAACACUGUGUGCAUCCCGCUUCAGUUUUAGUAUGUAAAUUGAGAAUUGUUCAUAGGAUGUAUAACAGUUAUAGAAAACCGAGCUAUGAUUGCGUUGUUUGUAUGUUGAAUGGAAUACAAAUCUUACUUUGAUGACAAUAUCCGUGGCAUGCUGUCCAUUAUCAAUUUACAUUUGUUUUUAUGGCUCUCUUCACAGUUUUCCAUUGUGGCAAAGCGGCUUUACAGGAAAGACAUUUUAGCAUUAAAGACAUUCAAUUCCGGCUUGUAUGGAAAUGGGCCAAAAAGAUGGAAACACUCUAAUAAAUGUUGGGUUAUUUUCAACCCAUCGUUGGGUCAAAAAGGGACGAACCCAACCGUUGGGUUGUAAUUCAACCUGUGCUGGGGUGUUUACAAGAGGAUAUUAAAAACAGUAAAAAUGAUCAAAUACAAAACUAUGUAAAUUUAUGCAUUUAUAUUAUGGUAUUGUAAUAUAAAAAAAUUCCAAUAAAAAAGCUCAUACAAAAAUGGAAAUUAAACGUAAAAUAACAAUUCUCCCUGUAAAAUUACAUGUUUUGCCAGUUUUUGUUUAAAUUUGCUGUCUUUUUCUGUAAUUUAAAAAAAUUGGAUUUACAAUAAUGAACUUACUAUAGACAUUUCGGGGUAGAUGUGGCUACCCAGUGCAUUUUUUAGAAAGAUUAUUGUCCACAUUAUUAUUUUUGGUGAUCGACAGCAUGCCACAGAUGAACUUUAACUCGUUUUCACCCCAGAAAAUUCUUGUUAUAACAAGGACAAGACGAUGAUGAGUCAGAAUGCCAAACAGCCCAGCUAAUGAAAGUCUCUUUCAGCUGUUGCCUAAUUACUUUAGAUGUGUCAAAGUGAACAAAAUCACACUUCUAGUUCUUCAGGGAUCUUUAAAACAUGAAAGAUUUUAUUUUAAUUAGUUUAUGUGUGAAAGUCUUUUACAAAAAGCUGCUGAUAUUUAUUAACCAGCGUUUUUUUUUAAAUCAGAUUUGAGUAUGAAACAGUUUACUUGGUUCAGAAAAGAUUCAACACGAUCUAUUGACACAACUUAUGGACAUAUACUGUAUAUACUCUAUUUGUGUACUCGAUCUGUUUUUGUGAAAUGUUAUACAUAGUGUUUGUAUGAACAGAUGUGUUUACAUUUGAAAAGACAGCACCUGCAAAUACAUGAUA